UACUCGAGGCUUGGUGGGGAAGAGAUGGGCAGCGCUCAGAGACACAAAGAGUGGGAAGAUGGACACCAUCGCACAUGUUAGAAACAAGUUGAAAGGACAAUAAGACCAGGAAUCUCAGUAUGAACCAGUCUAGAUCUAGAUCAGAUGACGGUGGUGAACAGACUUCAUCUCAAGACCACAAUCGCCAUGAAAAUGAGAGAAGAUGGCAGCAAGAGCGUCUCCACAGAGAAGAAGCCUACUACCAAUUUAUUAAUGAGCUGAAUGAUGAGGAUUAUCGGCUAAUGAGAGAUCAUAAUCUUCUAGGUACCCCUGGAGAAAUAACAUCAGAAGAACUACAGCAGCGACUAGAUGGAGUCAAAGAGCAGCUGGCCUCUCAGCCUAACAUUAGGAAUGGGACAAAUUCCCAAGGUACUAUGGAUUCCUUUCAAUAAAGAACAGGUUUG